UAAUGAUUGCAGGACAGAUAAUUGAAUUCUUCUGGUUAAUAAUUAGUUUAGUAUUAUUUGGCUAUGCAAUAUUGUCAAAAUUUAGAUGGAAUGAGAAUAUACAUUAGAAUCCAAAGAUUAGAAUGAAUAGCUAUAAAUCAUAGAAUUUACCAAGAAAUUAAUUUGUUAUUGAAGGUAAAUAUGAUUUAUUUUUUAGAGGCUGAAGAACACUAGUAAUGUAAAAGUGAAGAGGAUCUUCCAUAAUAAUAAUAAUAACAAGAGGUAAUCAAUUGAAGUGAGUAAUUUAAGAAUUAAUCAAUAGCAUAAAUUAUAAGACCGAAAGUUAAUUAUAUGAUUAACAUUCAUUUCUUAUUAUUAUCAGUAGCCAUAAUAAAUAUAAUAAAUGGAGGAGAUAAUAUAUUUUUGUUAAUAAUGGUAAUCUUAUAUUUGAUAAGUACAAUUGUGAUAGUGGCUAAAUUAAAAAUGAAAUGGUUAUUUAUUCCUUAAAUAAUGAUUUUGGCUAUGAUGAUAAACUACUUGAUAGUUAUAUGA